AUGCUAGACCGCCAUGGCUCUCACCCCCGGCAAACCCUGAUCGCGGCCUUCACGGCCUGGAAGGCCCUCUUGCUAGCCAUCGCUCUGGGCAGCGCCGUGGCGCCAUCCUACGAUACCUCGACAACGCUGAUGCUCCGGCGCAACGAGUCCGACCUUUCCAUCGUCACCCGUCUGACCCGCUGGGACGCAUUGUACUUCACCCAGUCAGCCAGGCGAGGCUACGUCUUCGAGCAGGAAUGGGCCUUCAACUCGGGCCUGCCCAUGUUGUACAACCGUCCGUACUCCUCGUCAAAGAUCUUGGUCUAUGACGACGGCACUGGCGCCCUGGAAGCCGCUCUCGCCAUCGUCGUUGCUCAUGUCGCGCAUCUCUUUGCGGUACUCAUGCUCCAUGAGCUGACGUUCAAGCUCUUCUCACGCCCACGGCUGGCGUUCCUGUCCGCCCUGCUUCACGUCCUGUCUCCGGCCGGACUCUUCCUCUCCGCGCCUUACGCCGAGAGUCUCUGUGCAUUCUUCUCUUUCGCCGGCUACUACGUGCUCUCCUUCGUUUUGAACGAUCCCAAAGGCUCUCUCCGCUGGACCGCCGGCCAGGUCCUCGCCGGCGCCAUAUUCGGCCUUGCAACUGCCUCUCGCUCCAACGGCCUCUUGAACGGUCUCCCUUUCGCUGUCGAAUGCCUGAUGUUUAUGCCCUCGCUUCUCGCCAGCCCUACGAGUCUGAUGAACCUUGCGACUCUCUUUGGUCCCAUAGUGGGCGGGCUCCUCGUGGCGACCGGAUCCGUCAUUCCACAAGCGCUGGCAUGGUUACGAUACUGUUCCGGCGCAUCCGAGCCGCGCCCAUGGUGCGCGCGGACCGUGCCCAGCAUCUACACGUUUGUACAGGAACAUUACUGGGGCGUUGGCUUCUUCCGCUAUUGGACGCUAUCGAACGUUCCUCUGUUCAUUCUCGCCGCGCCAGUGCUAGGUUUGCUCAUCAUUUCCGGGUGCGAGGUCAUGACCGGAAUGUCGGGGUUCGCGCGCACUCCGAUGGCCGACAAGCCGCUCCCGCAGCGGGAUGGCUCGAGGGCGGCUCUGGUAUUUUCCAUGGCAGCGGCCCAGGUCCUGCUCGCUGGUUUGGCCAUCACGACGUACCAUGUGCAAAUUAUCACCAGGAUUGCGUCCGGGUACGCGGUAUGGUACUGGUGGGCUGCCAGCUGCCUGCUGGAUGAUGGCGCCGACAGCAAGCGGCAGAGCUUGGGUGGCAAGAUUGUCACCUUUUCCGUCAUGUACGCUGCGAUCCAGGGUGUGUUGUUCGCGUCGUUUCUUCCGCCAGCUUGA